AUGUACACGCAGCAAGCAGCAAUGGCGGCAGCACCCCAAAAACCAGAGACGUUUAUGCUGAGCACGGAGGCUCAGCAGGCAUUGCCACAUGAUGCCCAGGUAGCCCUGCAGCAAGUCGACAACCUGAAAUACUUCCUUAUUUCGGCACCUGUCGACUGGCAACCAGACCAGUAUAUCCGGAGGUUCCUUCUUCCUACUGGCGAAUAUGUAUCCUGUGUGCUGUGGAACAACCUGUUCCACAUCUCCGGUACUGACAUCGUCCGCUGCCUUUCCUUCCGAUUCCAGGCAUUCGGCCGACCAGUCAAAAACUCCAAGAAGUUCGAAGAGGGUAUCUUCUCGGAUCUGAGAAAUCUGAAGUCGGGAACCGAUGCGUCUCUCGAGGAGCCCAAGAGUCCCUUCUUGGAUUUCCUCUACAAGAACAACUGUAUUCGAACACAAAAGAAGCAGAAGGUCUUUUACUGGUAUAGCGUGCCGCACGACCGCCUUUUCCUCGAUGCGCUGGAGCGUGAUCUCAAGAGGGAAAAGAUGGGCCAGGAGGCCACUACCAUGGCCGUCAGCGAGCCCGCCUUGUCGUUCCAGUACGACUCGUCGCAAUCUCUCUACGAGCAGUUGACCAAGGCGCAGCAAGCCAACUCAUCGUCGUUCAAUGCCCAGCAGGUUUCUUUCCCUCAGUCUCAAGCGCCAUCUCCGGUGAUGAGGGCCAUGGACUCCAUGCCACCUCCGCAGAUGAUCCCGCAAACCAUGGCUCCUAUGGAGCAUGGUCUGGAGGCGAUGGUCCAAUAUCAGACAAUGGCCAUGGCACCGCAAAUGCCCCCACAAAUCCAGCAUGUAGUGAAGCGGGAGCCCGAGUACGCUCGUAUUCAAUACAACCAGAACGGCGUGCCCAUGCAAGGCCAUCAGCGCCACGCUUCCAUGCCCGCAUAUGGUCUGGAAUACUCGCCCGCUCCGUCUUUCGUUUCUUCUCAAUAUGAGGAUUACAGCAACCGCGGCAUCUCUUUCGAGCCCAUCACCCCUCCCCAGCAAGCCAUGCAUAUGGGUGCCGAGCCUGCCUACAUUGCCAACGAGGAGACUGGACUGUACACAGCGAUUCCUGACCACAUGGGUGGGGUGAAUGGCCUGAAUGGCAUGAUUCAGCUCCCGCCCUCUAACCUGGCUGGGCCUCAGUUUUCUCGCGCCUAUGGUGCAAACAACGUCUACUCUGUCAUUGAGGGCUCCCCAACCUACAAGCAAAGGAGACGCCGUUCGUCGAUCCCUCCGUCCAUGUCUGCCAUCGCAGCCGCUACUGCCCAAGUCCAGGCUGCCCACCGCCCCUCUGACUUGAGACGAUCUGUUUCGGCCUCCGUAGGGCCCCUGGCUGAGGAUGACGGCGAGACUUCGCCACCAGGGCUUGCUUACAGCAACUCCCAAGUUUCCAUGGCAAGCCAUCACCACCACCACAAGGAGAUGCUUGAGAUGUCCAGACAUGGCACUCCCCUUUCGACCGUCGAGGGUAGUCCCGCUCUUAACCCACUCGCUCUGCAGCACCACGACUACCUUCACAUGAGCCACAAUGACAUGAACGGUGAUUCGAUGAGUGAGCGUAGUGUGAUGCAGGGAGGAGGACCCAACGUUGUCCGCCGAGCCCGUUCUGCCACCGUCAUGGAGCUGGGCCCAUACCCGCAGAAAUCCCACUCGUGCCCCAUCCCGACUUGCGGCCGUCUCUUCAAGCGUUUAGAGCACCUGAAGCGACACGUGAGAACACAUACACAAGAAAGACCCUACAUCUGCCCUUAUUGUAGCAAGGCAUUCUCUAGAUCCGACAACCUAGCACAACACAAGCGCACCCAUGAUCGCGGUGAUGGUGCCGAGGGUGGAUUCCCCCUGUCCGGCGAGGAGGAGGAGGACUACUCUGGCGAGGACCACCUUGGUUCUCUGGAGGAAGCCUCCCCCAACUCGGAGGGCGGAUACAUGCACGCUUCGCUCAAUGGUGUCGCCCACAGCCACGGAACGCCAACCAGCAACGGCAUGAUGCCAGCCACAACCAUGUCGCAACCAACAUUCAACAGCCUGCAAACUCUCAGCAUGCCGAUGACGAUGAGCACGCCAACUGGUGCGAUGAUGUAG